UUAUUUGUUUAAACAUAUGUUUACGAAUCAGAUGUUUCGGAUGUUAUAAACACAGAUGUGUUUUGUAUUUAGUGAAAUGAAAUGAACGAAAUAAAAAGCCAAAACGAAUGAGAGAAAAGUCAUGAGCACAAAGGGAAACGUUUCAUUAAAAGGUAUUGUUGCUCCUCAGUCUCAGUUAAAAUUUAAUGAUAAAAGCUAGAGUACGUUUUUGUCGCAAAAGCUUAUGCGAAAUUAUAUCAGUCACUUUUUUUUUCUUCAAAAGAAAAGACGUUUGGGUUGGAAUUUAUGAUAAUAUCUUGCUGCAAAGUAAUUAAUAAUGAUAUUAAAAACAAAAAUAUAGAAGAGGUGUCUGUUAACCAACAAACGAAACUGCAAUAAAAAAUUGUUCAACUUCUUCAAGGCUUUUUUUGCGAAUUCGUGAUGAAGCUGUAGAACGUACACAAGAACGGAAGAAAGUGAGAAAAUCAGUUAAAUAAUAGUGCAAAUCGUAUAGAGACCCCUCUCCGCUAGCAAAAUAAUAAUAGUGAGCAAGAGUGAAAAAAAGGGAAAUUAUUUGAAGCAAAAAAAAAAAAAAAAAAUUAAAAAAUAUGAUUUAAACAAAUUUGAAGAAACUAACAACGAAACAACAACAAAAAGGGAAAGAAAUUAAACAGUUGUGUGUGAAGGUUUUCCCAAUCAAAAAACUUGGAAAGAGCCAAAAGUCAAACCAAUAAGUUUCUUUAAUACGACGCAUAGUUGAUGUAAGAAAAAUUAUUGAUUUUCCAAAAAAGGACGUCUGUGGAUCUAUAUAUAUUCAUAAAUAAAUAAAAGAAAACAAAAUUCAAAAAAAGAAAGAAAUGAAAUUAAGGCAAUAAACUAAUAAAUUUUUUACAUAGAGGCAGACAAAGACAAUAACAUACGGAACACAUAUUGAAUGCUAUUUUUAUAGGACUUAAAUUAAAUAAAAAAGAUUUUUUUUAGUUAGAGCGUGCGUGUUUGUAUGUGUGCGUGUAUGUAUGUGUGUGUGUGUGUGUGUGCAUGACACUGUUUGCAAUUUGACACAAAAUUGUAAAUUGCAACCAACCAACGCCAUUAGAGUGUGUUAGCUCGUUUAAAGGCAUUUAAAGUCAUUAAGAAUAUUAACGGGAUUAAAUUAUUAAAAUAUUGGAUACAACGAACUCGGAACAAAACAUAAAAGAAGAGAGGCUAGAGAAAGAGAAGUAAACGCGUUCGUUAAUCUCUUUUUGCAAACUGUAUUUGUAACAAUAAAAACCACAAAUAAUAUAAUAACAACAACAAGAAGACCUUAGCAGAGUGUUAAAUAAUCUCAAGCUCAGCGCGCAAAAUACGAAAGCAGAGCGACAGUCUGCUGGGGUGUGCGGAGUGUAGUCCACUUAGAAAACAUUCGAAUCAGUCACACCGAGGCUAAGUAUUUUAACUUUAACGUAAAGUGUAAAAGUGUAAUAAAUAUGCCGCAACCGGUUGCGGGCGGCUAUAUAUCGUUAGAAGGUAGUCGCCGUCCCAGUAAUGGACAGGCUAUCUAUCAGUCAACCACUGAACCAACUGGUCCCACAUCCAUGUUGGAAUCAAUGAAACGUGUUUUAGGUCAAGUGGUAGGUUCCACAACCAACGCUGCCUCACACGAUACCGAUGAUUUGCUCAAUAAUACCAAUGGCCGUCAAGCCAUAAUAAUCAGCUCGAGUAUUCAUUUCAGAGAGCGCGACAAAAGUGGUAAGACACUGAACAACAAGAUGCCAUCAGCACCAUCAGCACACACUGCCGAGGAGGCUCGUUUAUUAGGCACCAUGCCAGUGGAUCCUUUAGAUGAUAUUGAACUACGUUCAGUUCAAUUGCAAUUUCCCAAUGCUCGCGGCUCGAUUAUAGAUGCUUGCGAUCAGCGCCGCGUAACCACGGAUAAAGGUGAUAUACACGUGGCAAUACAAGGCGACACCUCAAAACCAGCCAUUUUAACCUAUCACGAUUUGGGUUUGAAUUAUGCCACCAGUUUCGCUGGCUUUUUCAAUUUCCCAUUAAUGCGUGGUUUGUUGGAGAAUUUUUGUGUUUAUCAUGUCACCGCUCCGGGCCAAGAAGAGGGCGCUCCCACUUUACCAGAAGAUUACAUUUAUCCCACCAUGGAUGAAUUGGCCAAUCAAUUACAAUUCGUUUUAUCGCAUUUUGGCUUAAAGUCGAUUAUAGGUUUUGGCAUUGGGGCUGGCGCCAAUAUCUUAGCUCGUUUCGCUUUGGCUCAUCCCGACAAAGUCGGAGCGAUGUGUCUCAUUAAUUGUGUGUCAACACAAUCCGGUUGGAUUGAAUGGGGUUAUCAGAGUUUUAAUGCUCGUUUCUUACGUACCAAAGGCAUGACUCAGGGUGUCAUCGAUUAUUUGAUGUGGCAUCACUUUGGACGCAAUCCCGAAGAGCGCAAUCAUGAUUUGGUUCAAGUGUAUAAACAGCAUUUUGAACGUGGUGUUAAUCCUACCAAUUUAGCCAUGUUAAUAAAUUCGUAUAUACAUCGUAACGACUUGAAUAUAGCACGCACACCUACUGGUACCCCCGGCACUGAAACGUCGGCUAGCACUUUGAAAAUGCCCAUCAUGAAUAUAACGGGGGCAUUAUCGCCUCACGUUGACGAUACGGUAACGUUUAAUGGCCGUUUAGAUCCUACUAAUUCAACUUGGAUGAAGAUAUCGGAUUGUGCUAUGGUUUUAGAGGAACAGCCAGCUAAAUUGGCCGAAGCUUUUAGGCUUUUCUUGCAAGGCGAAGGCUACGCUACGCCUCUGUCAACUCCGGCCUCAUCGCCUUGCGGCACCAAAUACUUGUCAUAUUCGAAUAUAUUUUUUGCUAACUUCAAAGAAGAACAGGAACGUGCCAUUGCCGAGAAAUUGAAACAAAAAUCACAACAACCACAACAGCAACAACCUGCUCGUGUACGCACCAAUACUCGACUAUGCCGUGAAACAGCUAUAACCAAUAAUAAUUGCGAUUUCACCAACAUAUUGCAGCACACAAAAAAUCAAUCAGCGUUCGAGGAGAAAGACGAAGAGAACGAAGACGAGAAUCUUAAUUCGAAUGGUAACUUUCACGUACAGAUUAACGAAACUGCCACAAUAAUGCAGCGCAAUGAUAAGAACGGUAUUAACAACGAACACGAUGAUGACGAUGAUGACGAUAUAGAACUGCAACAGAAUAAUCAAACCUCCUCGUUAUUGGAGCGUCAUCAUACCGUCAAUGGUACUUUGUAUACGAAUGGUUCGAAGCAAUCCAAGAAAAUACGCAUUACCGAGAAUCCACUGCCCGAAACGGUUACCUGUUAAAUUGUGAUCCCAAGUCGUCUUUAUGCAAAACAACAUUCCAAUUGAGAUAACAUCAACAAGAACCACAACAAAAAGAAAUUAUAUUAUUAUUAUUUUAAUUUCCUAUUAUCAUUUUCCGUCUCCUCUUACACUUACAUGCAUACAUACGAUUUAUCCUUCUUAACCUUAAUCUUUAACUCUUAAUAGAUAAGAAGCGGCUUUUUUGAAAAUGUAGUGAACUGAAAAUUAAAAAAAACUAAAUAAAUAAUUAAAUAAAACAAAAACAAUAUACGAAAAUAUUCCAAUUCUUAAAAGAUCUUAAAAGAAACAGAACAAAGAAUAACAACAGCUUUUUGUAGUAAUUAGUGAAAAAUUAAAAGAAAAAUAAAUAUUUUCAUAAAAAUUAUGUUAAUUUAGAAAUUAGAAAAUAAAAUCGAGAAGAAAAAUCUUUUAGGAAUAUGUUAAAACUUUCUUCAGAAUCCUCUUCAAAAAGAUUCAUUAAAAAGGUUUCUUUGCAGUAUCGCCAAGGGUUGAGAAGGGGAACGCUCCUUUCUGUACUCGUACACAACGCUCGUAAGAAGCACUCUUUUGUGCGCUUUAUAUAAUACAUAUAUUAUAUUCCACUUAGCAGCGAUUUGGAAAGCGAAGCCAAAAGCAGUAACUAUAAAGCAAUAUAUAUCUUUAUAAUAAAUUCGGAUUCAUCUGUUAUAGGAAGGCAUUGAAGAGGUUUUUCUUUUAGCAGGAAGCUCCUAGCAGCCAAUAAAAUAUUUCUUAAAUAGUGUCGUCGCAUGAAUACGCCGUAUAAAUUCAUUCUUAUGAGAAAAAUCUCUUAGUUAUUCUACCUUUCUUGAUUGGGUAUAGUCAGCAGUUCCAAUGUAGAGACAACUUCACUGCGCGUGUAAGAUACGUAAAUAAAAUUCGCUACAGAUUUCUGGCCCAUUCAUUCUGGCUGAAUCAACGUUAGUUUAUUUCAACUAAACGUACAUACAAUAAAUGAAUGAUAUUUGUGUAUGGUUUUUGGACUCGUAAAGCCCAUGCAAAUAUCUCGGUCACUGUAAGCACGCAAUGAACAAAUGACAGUUUAAGUGCGGUUUUUGAUCUCCUGAAGGCUCGCAUUUUUUUUCUUUCAUAAGCGAAGUUUGUAGCCAUAAGGCCAAGAAACUGUGCGGUCCGUAAUGAUAUCGGCUUAUCGAUAAAACACAGAUUACUUUCCACGCAAUUGUGGCUCUUGUUGAGUAGUUGACCGUGUACUCAGAUUUAGUACUAUUUUCAUAAAAUUGGUGUCUUAUAGCCAUUCUAGCGAUUCGCUUCGGAAGGCCGUUGGAUGUGAAAAAAAAAAUUGGAAAUCUGGGAAAAAAGGAGUUAUUGCCAUAAAAACUUUAAUAAUCUAAUCAGACAGAAGGAAUUUUUAGUAGACGAUGUCAAAACAUCUGCUUACAGCUUCAAUCUUAAUCUCUUGUAAGUAGAGGAGAUGUACGAGAACUACUAAAGUUUAAUUGGUCUCCAAUGUUAUUAAAAUUUACCAUAAACAGGUAGGCCUUCAUUUCCCUUAGAUAAUUUACAGACUUGCCAUAGUUAACAUGUUGAGUUGUAUCACAAGGCUGGAAAAAUACCUAGAAAAACGUGUAGAAAUUUAUUAUAGAUAACGGCUAACUCAUGUUUGAAUCCCCAUUGUUUCAUUGUGAAUGGCUUAUCGAAGUGCUGUUAGUAUUUCCAAUCUUUCUCUAUAACAGCAAUAGAUUUGAAAAUUGGCGUUGCAGACCUGGGCUUUAACACCAUUGACCGCAACAAAAAAACAAAAUUCGUAUGGAAUUAAUUAUUAACAUAUUCCUAAAUAUGAAAGCAAAAUAAACAAAAAAAAAAAAAACGAAAAAAUUCUUUUUUCUCUUCAUACGUUCCAAAAAAAGCGACUAUUGUUGAUCGUAGUUAGCAUUGAUUCGGUAGAAAAAUCAAUUAAAAAAAAAAAAAAA